AUGCUGCACGACCUUCUGUUUAUGCUAGUUAUUACUGGACAUACGGUUAUUUCAACAGAACCUCCGCCUUGCGAAUACAAUUCUAAUCAAAGGAAAAGUAUUUUGAGGGAUCUCCUUCAGGAUUACGAUAAGACUGUUGUGCCAUCAAACAACUCUGUGAAUGUUAAUGUGGAAUUAACAGUUCAAGAUAUUUCAUCAAUAUCCGAAAUAUCAAGCUCUUUCAUAGCAGAUGUAUGGUUUAGUCAGGUGUGGGAAGAUCCACGAUUAGAAUAUUGGAAUAUAUCGUGUAAGUCAAACCUUUCAUUGGACAGCUACGUCAGUGAGAGAUUAUGGACGCCAAACGUCUGCUUUGUGAACAGUAAAAGCACUCAAGUGCACCGUUCUCCUGCUUCUAACAUACUUCUCAUAAUUUAUCCAAACGGGACAGUUUGGCUGAACUAUCGAGUUCAAGUGUCUGCUCCUUGUAGCUUCGAGUUAUCUCGGUUUCCUAUAGAUGCUCAAGAAUGUACGCUUGUUUUCGAAUCCUAUUCUUAUAACAUUGCUGAGGUUCGAUUAAAUUGGCAGGAAUGGGCUCCUGUGACCAUGCCUCAUCCUGAUGACUUUCGACUUCCCGAUUUCCAAUUUUAUAACGUGACAUGGGGGAAAACUGUUAAUGAAUAUACAGCUGGAAUGUGGGAUCAGUUAAAAGUAACCUUUAGGUUUAAACGAUUAUACGGAUAUUAUGUACUACAAAUGUAUUUACCGACAUAUUUAUCAGUUUUCAUAUCAUGGAUAGCGUUUUGGAUAGAUACAAGAGCCUUACCUGCUCGCAUCACACUGGGCGUCUCAUCUCUUAUGGCUCUUACCUUCCAGUUUGGUAAUAUUGUAAAAAAUCUACCUCGGGUGUCAUUUGUUAAGGCUAUUGACCUAUGGUUCUUCGUUUGUGUCGCUUUCAUCUUCUUUUCAUUAGUAGAACUUGCUGUUGUUGGAUUUGUAGAUAAAAUUACUGAAAUCAAACGAAGAGCAAAGAGAGUACGAGCUCAGAGAGCUCACUUAGCAAUUCUUAAAAAGCAAUCACGGAACUCAUCAUCUGUCCGUUACAACAUGAAUAAUAACGAGGAUGAGUUCUAUAUGAAUGGAGACAAUGGAUACAGCAAUGGUUAUAAUUCUGGACCACAUCUAGGCAGAGCUUCAAAUGAGGACAUGGGCGCUCGAGUUGACGCUCUAGCUGCUAAAGCAUUCCCAGCCAUGUUUGCAGCUUUCAACGUUUUCUACUGGUGGUAUUACUUGAGUCGAGAACGUCAUGGUGGAUGA